ACGUUCCUCCCUCUCCUGCCGCCUGUCACGAGGAUCUGACCACCGCCGGCUCAGCUCCACGUUUCAUUCGCCUGGAGGGGGAAUCGUACCCUCUGGGUCAGUGGAUCCAGAGGGAGUCCCAGGGAGAGACAGUGUGUGUGUGUGUGUGUGUGUGUGUGUGUGUGUGUGUGUGUGUUUCAGGGGGGCUGGGAGUGGCAGCGCCGUCUCGCGGUGACACUUCCACCGCGGCUGAAUUUAUGUCUCACAGCUGUUGAGCGGCUGACAGACGUGCGAGCAGCUCGGGCGGCGUCACACCAACUCGAGCUCGAGCAGUGAAGAGGACGAGCGCUCUGCCUCAACACUGACCAGCAGAUGGUGCGGGAGCAGUAUGUCGCCACCACCCAGGGCAGCAGCUCGCCCCGGCCGGUGCCCGACCUCGUCUACAAGAUCGGCAUCUACGGCUGGAGGAAGCGCUGCCUCUACCUGUUCGUCCUGCUGCUCAUCACCAUCCUGGUGGUCAACUUCGCGCUCACCAUCUGGAUCCUCAGGGUGAUGUGGUUCAACACGGAAGGGAUGGGAUACCUGCAGGUCCACUCGGACGGGGUCAAGCUGGACGAGGGCGAGUCGGAGUUCCUGUUUCCCGUCUACGCUCAGGAGAUCCACUCCAGAGAAGACUCGUCGCUCCUCCUGCACUCAUCGGAAAAUGUUUCCCUCAAUGCCCGUAAUGAAAAUGGUGAUGUCACAGGGAGGAUAUCAGUGGGUCCAAAAGAGGCUCAGGGACAAACUCGAAAACUGCUCAUUAACUCCAACAAUGGCGACAUGCUGUUCACUGCAGAUGGCGACCAGACUGUGAUUGGACCAGACAAACUGCGGGUCACAGGUCCUGAGGGAGCGCUGUUCCAGCAUUCAGUGGAGGUGCCGCAGCUGAGGUCUGAACUUUUAAAAGACCUGAGGUUGGAGUGCCCCACUCGCUCCCUCAGCUUGGACGCACCCAAAGGAGUUCACCUCAAAGCCCUGGCUGGCAACAUUGAAGCCUCCUCCAACUUGGAUGUUAUUCUGCAGUCGAGUGUUGGACUGCUGGUGCUGGAUGCCGAGACGGUGCGCAUGCCGAGCCUGCCCCUGAGCGGAGGAGGGGUUUCUGGAAACACUCAGAAUCUCUACGAGGUCUGCGUCUGUCCCAGUGGCAAGCUCUUCCUGUCCAAGGCUGAGGUCAUCUCCACUUGCAGUGAGAAUCAGGAGUGCUAGACCGAGACUCCCUGAUCAGGUAAACUGGUUUUCCCCCGACUCGAAGUAGAUGCAUCUGCUGCGAGGCAACAAAAGCACAACAGUUUAUAUCUGGCCCAGGUUUUUUUUUUUUUUGAGGUUUAUACCACAGAGAGAAUCUGCGGCUGAUCCCGUUUGGCACAUCCAGGCCUGUAGAAUAGACACAUGCCUGCCGGCGUACAUGUUGGGAGACGUCAUGAAAUGGCUCCUUUUAGUCGCGUUUAUGACCUUCUGACUAUUCAGCUGGAACAAAUUGGCACUCAGAACCAAAUGUAUCCGCAUCAGAGCUUCGUGGAGAAACGUUUUACACACACAAUAUCAUGGCUGGGCGAUGAGGAGCUGGAAACAGCUUACAUCCUAUGCAAUAUUAAUGUCGUGGUGCAAUAAAUGAAAGAGACACAUAUCAAGGGCUUGGACUAAUUAGAAAAAUAUACAUGGCGACAGAAUGUCAUGUUUUACACUUCUUCUCCAAGCCCUGGAUAUGUUGUAUUUUUGUUUUUGGUGUUUAGCAUGUUUGUUUUUUUAAUUAAAAUUGGAGAAAAAUGAAUAAAAUGCUGGUACAUGUUUUGUCAUUGUCACAGUAGAUUCAGAGACGACAUUCAUAUUUUUUUUUCCAACUCUGAGCAACAGACUCAUUUCGUACUUUUUGUUUCAAUCGCAUCAUGACGUUGAGAUUUACGUACAAAGUCCUCGUAGUACCAUUAAAUGUUUUUAGCAUGUUUAAUUAUGUCACCCCCGCCCUCCCCCCCAGUUUAUAAGAUUAUGUAUGUUUGGCCUGUGUUAUUUUUAAGCCUGUAAUUAUAUAAUUUGCUACAAGACAGAUAUCAAUUUUCUUCCAUUUUAUUUUGAGUCUGUGACUUAAACAACAACAAGCGAAAACGAAUCAGGUCUAAUGAAGGUUAUGAGUUAUGGGUAGUUUAUGAUUCUGUGUUAAAGGAAAAAUAAUUCAAUCUUGGUUUUUAGCCUUUUGUGUCAAAUAGAUCUUUUUUUUUUACACAAUAUGGAUGAAAGGUACUUGACAUGUGCCUCUAUUGUAACAUUGAGGUUGACUCAAUAAAAAAGGGCAAUAUUUUGUAAUAACAGCAUCAAUUUAUGUUACAUUUCAGCAAGUCUGUUUUUUUAGCAUAAUUUACAUCUGACGGUGUCGUGUGUUAUUAGUUAGUGGUGACAUCUUUGUUCUGGCAUAUUUUGAUAAAGGUUGUAUUUAUUAAUUCUGUAUGUCGAAUAAACUGUGCUAUUCUUCUACA